AUGCUGCCAGCUACGCUCCUCAGUCUCCUUGUUCUCCCCGUUCGGGCGCGCCAGACGUCCCAGCAGAAGCCUCUUCAAGCACUCGCAUGCCCAGACCAUAAGUACAAGGUCCAUCUGGUCUCUAGGGAUCCAUUGGUCAUCUACAUCCCAGAGUUUAUUACCGCUGAAGAGGCAAAACACCUACAAGAAAGCACCAGCGACAAGUUCUCCCGCUCCGGCAUCGCUGACGAGAGCGGCGCUCAACGCCAAGCCGAAACCCGGACGUCAUCCUCAGCCUCGCUCUCUGCUCGCGACGACAUCAUACGCUGCAUCGAAGAGCGUGCACGAACGUUCCAAAGCCCAGCACUACCCCGUUCCCACCUAGAGCCAUUGCAGCUCGUAAAAUACGGCGUAGGCGAACAGUACCAUGAGCAUACCGACUGGUUCACUUCCUCACUCCAAGCGGGCCCAGAGUUUGGCGGAAAUCGCCUGUCGAGCUUUUUCGUCUACGUUCAAGUCUCUGAAGACAUUGUGGGCGGAGGGACACGCUUCCCAUUCUUGGAUGCUCCUGGUGUACCCAAGGUCGAAUCGCUCGGCACUGGCUUCUUCAAGCCAGGAGUCGGUGGCGCCACCGAAGAGUGGUGUGGAUACGUUGACUGUGACGAGCCGUGGGACAAUGGUCUGACUUUCCGACCCGUUGAGAGAAGUGCGGUCUUCUGGAUGAACUUGCUCCCAGGCGGUCGGGGCGAUGAGCGGACGCUACACGCGGGACUACCCGUCACAAAGGGUCAAAAGACGGGCAUGAAUAUAUGGACGCGCGAAGGCCCCCUGGACGACAAGUAUCGAGGAGAUGAUUGA